GUUUUGACAUCCUCGCCUCAGCACCACUCCGCGCAUCCCUUCAUGCGCGCUCUGGACACGGAUGUGGAGGCGGAGGCGGGGGUCUCGCGCUCUUUCUCUCUCUCUCUCUCUCUCUCUCUCUCUCUCUUGAGUUCAGCCAUUUAAAUAUCAACCCGUACAUCACGGGUACUGACACCGAGACACCCCGCUUGGAUAGCAUCAUUGCUCGGCUUUUUCAAGAGGAGCGUCGCACAGGAGCCUCACCGGGAUGUCAAGCCUCCUGGAGAACCCUCUGCAGGCGGUGCUCUAUCUGAAGGAGCUCACCGCCAUCGUGCAGAAUCAACAGAGUCUGAUCCAAACCCAGCGAUACCGGAUAGACAUACUCGAGCGCCGGCUGGAGGAUCUAGCGGUUGAGAAUCGGCAGCUCCGGGACUCCAGCAGCCAUCACCGGCAUCCUCCCCGCUAUCAUCCGCCUCCGCCCCCCCGGACCUCCAGCCUGCCCCGAACCAGCAGAGCCGGGACACCCCCACUUCAAACUCAGCAGCAGCAGCAGCAGCAGCAGCAUCAUUCCCCUCUGGACAUGCAGCUUGUGCCUGCUGGACCCAGCACUGCCAGUCCGGACUCUGCUGAUGAAGAUGAUGAUGAUGCUCAGAACCCCUGCUGUAGGUCCCUGGUCCCACAGACACCUGCCACCUUGUGCCGAGCUGUGGGACUCCCACGGGCAUCAGAGAGUCAGACCGUCUUGCACCAGUUCUGCUGUCCAGCCCCAGAGGCCCCAGAGGGAGAUUCCAUAACCUGCUCCAGCUCGGUUCCUGCUGCAGGAGAGGAACAGAAAGAUGAGAAAAAAGACGAUCAGCCUGACGUGCCGCCCUGCUCACAUCCUCCAGAAUAUGAGCUCUCUCCUGAUCUCAAACAAAAACAGAUAGAGGAACUGGAGCAAAAGUAUGGUGGUCCUCUAAUUUCUCGGCGUGCGGCCUGUAAGAUUCAGAUGGCGUUUCGUCAGUACCAGCUCAGCAAAAACUUCCAGAAGAUCCGUAACUCAGUUCUGGAGAGUGGGAUCCCGCGGCGUAUGUCAGUGCGCAGGGUCCGGGUGCAGAGGGAAAGUUUCUCUGCUGAACGGGCGCUAAUGGAAGGAUGUUCACUCAUGGGCAUUCCGCUCACACACUCCACGUCACUGCCGGGGGCCACUACAACCACACUCACACACCUGGAGGACACAUUCACAGAACAGGUUCAGUCAUUAGCACGGUCUAUUGACGAGGCUUUGAGCAGCUGGAGUUCUGUUCGAGACGGGGAAGGAGAGAAGUCCUCUGCGGCCCCUCCCUCUGGAUCCCAUUCCGAGGGGCUCCUGAUGGACCCCCUACAGGAGGCCACGUCGAGCGGCUGUGGGGAGAGCAUACCCCGCAGUGCCAGUAAACUCAUGAUGGCUUUCAGAGAUGUGACUGUUCAAAUUGAUAACCACAACUUUCGCCUCUCCUCCUCCUCCAUGCUGGAAUCGGUAUCCCUUGGUAACGGCGUAUCCAAGGAGACUGGCUCGGAACCCCAAAAGGGGGGAAAGAUCGCAGGCCAGUCGGCAUCAUCAGCCCCGGCAGCGCCUGAGUUUCCAGCUCCACCUCCCAGCGAGGAAGAGAAAGAGAACCAACAGCCAACCGGAUUGGAUGCACUGACAGCAGGGGCGGGACUGGAGGGGAAACAGACCAAUCAGAUUGCGCCCGAGACGGCGGAAAACAGCUCAGAGCCCGUCAGUAGCAGCAGCACCUCGACAUCAGCGUGUGAAACGAUGAUUCUGUCUCUGCCCCGCCCACACUGCCAGGACACGCCCUGUGGCACGCUGUCGACGGAUAUUGCACGCAAACGCCUUUACCGCAUAGGACUCAACCUCUUCAAUGUAAAUCCAGACAAAGGAAUCCAGUUCUUGAUAUCCAGGGGCUUUAUUCCGGACACAGCUAUCGGUGUGGCUCACUUCCUGUUGCAGAGGAAGGGUUUGAGCCGACAGAUGAUUGGAGAGUUCCUGGGUAACAGCAAGAGGCAGUUCAACAGAGAUGUGUUAGACUGUGUGGUGGAUGAGAUGGAUUUUUCUAUGCUGGAGCUGGAUGAAGCUCUGAGGAAGUUUCAGGCUCAUGUGCGAGUGCAAGGAGAAGCUCAAAAAGUCGAGAGACUCAUUGAAGCAUUCAGUCAGAGGUAUUGCAUGUGUAACCCUGACGUGGUGCAACAGUUUCACAACCCCGACACCAUCUUCAUCCUGGCCUUUGCCAUCGUGCUGCUGAACACAGACAUGUACAGUCCCAACAUAAAACCAGAGCGCAAGAUGCUGCUGGAAGACUUCAUACGCAACCUACGAGGAGUGGACGAUGGGGCAGAUAUUCCGCGGGAGAUGCUAGCCGGCAUUUAUGAGCGGAUUCAGCAGAGGGAGCUGCGCUCCAACGAGGACCAUGUGACCUAUGUAACCAGGGUGGAGCAAAGCAUUCUUGGAAUGAAGACGAUACUGUCGGUUCCUCACCGUAGGCUGGUGUGCUGCAGUCGACUCUAUGAGGUCACCGAUGUAAAUAAACCGCAGAAACAAGCAUCACAUCAGAGGGAGGUGUUCCUCUUCAAUGACCUGAUAGUGAUCUUAAAACUAUGCCCUAAGAAGAAGAGUGCCGCAACAUACACAUUCUGCAAGGCCAUGGGCUUACUGGGAAUGCAAUUCCAUCUGUUUGAGAAUGAGUAUUACCCUCAUGGAAUCACGAUAUUGUCUCCGUUCUCGUCAGAGAAGAAGCAGGUGGUGAGUUUCUGUUCUCAGAGCGCAGAAGAGCUGCUCAAGUUUGUAGAGGACCUGAGAGAGAGCAUCGCAGAGGUGGCAGAGAUGGAACAAAUUCGCAUUGAAUGGGAACUAGAAAGACAACAGGUUGUGAGAAAUCAAACUAACAAGAACGGCACACAACUAGACAUCCACGCUGGACCUAGUUCUGCUUCAGGGGAUGAUUUUUAUGAGAAAACGGGGAGCAACACGGUAGAGGUGUCAAUUCACAACAGGCUCCAAACAUACCAACUCAGCUCUCCUCUGGCCCCACCCAGCGCUCAGCAACACCUGGCCGUCCUGCCUAGCCCCGCCCCUGGCUCCGCCCUCACCAUCUCCCCCGACACCCUGAUCCAGUGCCAGCAGAUCGUGAAAGUGAUCGUCAUGGACGCCGCCGGGCGUGGCCACGUGGAGGCGUUCCUCAGCCACAACCCCGCCCACCGCCUCAUCCAAUCGGCUGUGUCCACGCCCAUCAGGUCACGGGAGGGAGGCAAGCAACAGCAGCCGCCCCUCCCUCCCCCGCCGCCUCCUUAUCAUCACCCGCAUCAGUUUUGCCCCCCGACCCCUCCACCACCACGCCACCUGCUGAGCCAACGCAGGUACUCCAGCGGGACACGCAGCUUAGUCUAAAUAACAUACACACAAAUGAGUUUACACUUGUUCACAGAUCACCUAAAAUGAACAUUCUGUCUUUAUUUAAUCUCCCACAUGUUGUUCCAAACCCAUUCUGCUAACAUUAUAUAUAUAUAUAUAUAUAUAUAUACACAUACACACACACACAUAAUUACUAAAACUAAAAUGAAAACUGAAAAUAUAAAAAUAAAAAACAUGUUAAAUAUGAAAAAAUACUAUAAUAGUGUAUAUAUAUAAUACACUAUUAUAGUAGUUUUACGUUAUUUUAUAUUUUCAGUUUUCAUUUUAAUUUUAGUAAUUAUGCUACGUGCUUUCAUUAUUUUUAUUUUUAUUUAGCUUUAGUUUUAGUAAUUUUAUUACUAAAAUCACUUUUGUUUAAACUUUUUAAGUAUACGUUUUUCAUCUAAUAUUCAGAUUUUUUUUUAUUUUUUAUUUCAGCUUCAUUUCAAUUAAAGGCACAAUAUGUAAUUUUCGCCGCUAGAGGUCGCUUAUUCAAAACAAAGGUGUACCUUGAUGAUGCCUUUAUUUUGCGAAAUCAUGGGGGGUGUUGUCUUCACGUCUACAGCUGGUGGAAAAAAAUCGGGACGAGACUCGGGCAGAAAUCAUGUUCAUGGAUGAGAUUAUUAACGUUACUGUAGUAUGAAGCAGAGCAGGGCCGAGUGCUGUGAGAGCAGAAACGAGGCGGCUGGAGAGAUUGAUAAUGAGAGACGAGCGCGACACAUGGCUCGAGAGCAGCGGAACUUUUAUUAUGCCGCAGUCGCCGCUUCCGCUUCUUCCGGUCAAGUGUAUGUGGGGUAAAGCAGUACUAUUUUAUUAUAUUAGAUACAUUUGUGUGCUGAAAGUUGUUAUAGUGCUACUCUGCGUUCACUCAGGCGUCUACUAUGAAACACUUAAUGCACACUGCAGUAAGCUAGAUCGAUAUUAGGCAUGGUAAAACAUGGUAUUCGCUGUAAAUCAAGAAAACGAGAUUUAAACAAUAAGACUUACUGUGUUGAGCUGUAUAACAUGAUUAGUUUUCUGUCGAUGAAUGUAUCCAAACAGUUGCUCACCUGUCUAAAAAGACACAUAAUAUAUUAAAGCAUCUUUGGUGUUUCCAUGGUUUCUAUAAAAUAAAACCAGAAACUGAAGGUAACGCGGGUAUGAUGUCAUUGAUAGGCGUCGCACGGAUAUUGUGCCUUUAACAAAAUUUUUUUUUUUUUUUUUUUUUAUCAUUGCAUGGAAACAAGCUGUAUAAAAAUUCUCUUUUUGUGUUCCUUGGAAAAAAUAACAGCAUACAGAUUUACAGCAACAUGAGGGUGAAUAAAAAAUGAUGGAAUGUUAAUAUUUAUGUGAACUAUUGCUUUAAAACUGAACUAUCAUGUACUCUUUUUUGAAGAUAGCACAAGCAGCCCAAUCUGAACUGUUAGGCUCACAUCACUCAAAAGAAGAUAUUCUUAGAAUUGUUGGGUCCUCAUGGCCUUAAAGUGUGCAUUUAAAGUGAGUAGAUGUACAGUAUUUUUUUAAGAGGGUUUUUUCUCAGAUCUUUUUUGUGUGUGUUCACCAUGUCCCUAUAUUCAAAUUAAGUGUUUAUAUAUUUUGAUUUCUCUUAAAACACCCAUGUUGUGUGACCCAAAUUACAAUAGAUGGAUGUAGUAUAGAGAGAGUGCUUGUGAAGGUGAAUUUAUUCAAAGACACCACCAUAAAAUAAUGUUUGCAAUUAUAUAAAUGUUCACAUCAUAUUUUGUAUGGAGAUAGGAAAUCACCACCCUCUUUCAAAGGACUUACCUGUUAGUCUGAAUCCCAAAGAUGAAAUCCAAUUCCAGUAUUUGGAUAUAAAUCAUACCUCAACAUUUCUGAAAAGGAAACAUGCAAAAGUAACUUAGUUAGAUAAAAGAACACCCCCUGAGUGAGUUUAGAUACAACAAAUAACAAUUUGCGCACACGUCACUGCAGUAGGCGCUCUGAACUAAACAGUAGCCAAGGCAGAUCAUGUGACCUCUACUGCUUUCCCAUUGGUGGUUGUCAGAUCAUGUGAAUCCACAUUUGCAUUUGAAUGGCAAAAUCUCACAGAAAAUGAAUGAUUUUAUUGCUGCAAAUUACUGUCUUUUAGUGAAUUAUUCAAACUGUGUUUUUGGAUGAGAUUUAGGUCAGGACGUGGCCACUAAAGAAUUUCUAACUUCCAAGAUAAAAGCUAUAGAUUUUGUCUGUAUUUGGCAUCAUCUACUGAUGUUUUUAUCCUGUCAAGAGUCCCAAUCUCAGCUGCUGUUAACUAGGCAUUGAGAAAGGUCACAUGUGACCAAAACAUUGCCACUUUUUCAUUAAAGCAGCGGUUAUAUCUUCUCCUUCGUUGUUAGAGUGUGCAGGCUUUUUUAAGUGUUUCCCUAAUUGGAGUUUUCAGUCUACGCACCUCAUUUGGACAAUUUUUAGAGUGCGUUGAGUUCCUGGCUUUUCUUAAAUCGAGGACGCUGCCAUCUUGUGUGGAGGAUGUACUUGAUCUUGGCUACGUUCAGACUGUCAAUCCAAAUCUUAUUUUUGUGCAUAUCCAGUUGAAGUCCAAUCAGAUUUAGCAAGUGUGAAUGGCCAAAAAUCAUGUGAAAUGUGAUUUUUACAAAUCCGUUUCGAGCUAUAUUCAUAUGUGGACACACAAUGUGGACGUCAAUAAUUUUAGAUCAGAUUCCAAUCGGAUACAAAAAUAAUCAGAUUUGGACUGACAGUGUAAACAUAGCACCUGAGAGCCGUUCACCUCAUACCUAGCAAGGGUGUUGACUGAGCUCCAUAAACCCUUUAAAACAUUUGGACAAUCGGCUCUUGACUUGUGCCUGCUUCUUGAUUUUUCACUCUGUGUGGCGUGACAGCGCCAUGGCUUGUCGGACAAAGCAACAGUAACUAAGGGGGGCGAGUCUUUGCGAAGGGUCAAUUACUCACCCUCAUGUCGUUCUACACCCGUAAGACCUUCGUUCAUCUUCGGAACA